AUGCUGCUCCUCUCGGGGGCAACAAAGGCACUGCGCGUGGCCUUCCUAGAGACGGCCAUCGCCAAACGCGAUUCGCUUCCCCCUACUAACCCCACUUUCAUCAACACGGCUCUGAACGCGGUCAACACAAUCCACGGCCAGCACGACGCUGCCAAACUCACCUGGGACGCAGACCUCGCUGCCAUUGCGCUGACCAAGGCCAACGGCUGCACGCUGAACCACACGGGGGCCUACGGUGAGAACGCCUACUACUUCUGGUUCAAACCAGCGACGCGGAAGCCCAACUUCACGGCGCAGACGCAGGUGGGGUUCGACGCGUGGGUGGGGCAGGACGAGGUCGACGCGUACCUGGCGGGCGACCCGAUGGGCGGCGGACACUUCACGCAGACGGUGUGGAAGAGCUCGCGGACGCUAGGGUGCGCGUUCAGCACCAAAUACUGUGCGCAGAACCCGAAAAAGGAGUAGUGGUUCUAUUGCGACUUCUUCCCGGCUGGCAAUGUCAUCGACCAGUAUGAGGAUAAUGUGACGGUCUAGGAGUGACGGUUGGGACAGAGUGUGUUGUGUGCUUCUCUUCCUC